AUGUCGUUCUUCGGCUUCGAUACCACUCUUCCUCGCGACCGCCAACAGCAAAGAGGCUCGCGUGGUAUGUUUGAGCAGCACGAUCCUUUCGCUGGUCUGAGCAGAGACGGCGGUGGCGACGAGGAUGAGGUCUUGAACUUCGAUGAUACUUACGAUGGGCUGGGACAGCGACUGCAGGAGUCGGGUGAUACCUUCAACGAUGACACCUUUGGCGGAGAUGAGCCAGUUACGAGGCAAAGUUUGGGCAGGGACUUUGACUUUGCUGGACAGACUGCGACGGCGAGAGGAAAUGUGAUGCACGAGCAGGGUGUGCCGCUGCAGCAACACCAGCAGCAGCAGCAUCAGCCAUCGAGUUAUUCCAUGCCAUCGAGGCCGGCGAGGACUGGGUAUGAGGCGUACAAGCAGCCAGACUAUCUUCCGAAGCUCGAGGCAGAUGCAUCGAUCUGGGGAGCGGGUAUUGGCAAGAAGGCAGCUACAGCACCGCAGGAGCAGCAAGCUAGCCCGGAUUCCUCCGCCGCAAGGAAGAUGAUGAGCCUAGAGGAGGUGGAGGCGAUGAUGCGUGCACAGUCGCAGCCAACGCCACCUGUGCAGGAGAAUGACCGACAGGCUCAGGGACUGCGAGAUAUGCUUGGCGUCGGCUCACCAGCGCCACAGCAGAUGCCUCCACACGAGCAGCAACAGCAGCGGCCAGUGCAGAUAUUGCAGCGUCCUCAACACCAAGAGCCGCCGAUGCAAGAUCAAAGUCUUCGCGCACCACAGAUCCUGCAACGACAAAGCUCUCCGCAGCCGCCUCGGCCACAAUCGCAACACUUCCACAACCAGCCUCCACGGGGGCAGUUCCAACAGCAGCAGCAAACGCCCCAGGGUGCGCCCGCCGUACAGCCACCUCGUGGCGCACCUCAGCAUCAACGUGGUCCUUCGUAUAACGGCCCGCCAAUAACACAGGCGCAGCAAAUGAUGCAGAUGUCUGACGAUGAGAGGCAGACGUACAUGGCAGAGGAGGCCAAGCGAGCCAAGCGCAACCACAAGAUCUUCUUGCUAAGCAAGAACAAUGGCCUCAUGACACCUCAAGACAAGAACUUCAUCACCCGGAUCCAGCUACAGCAGCUUCUUACCGCCACUGGCGGUAUCGACAAUGAGCCAGGAAGUGAAGAGCAACUUGCUGAGGACUUCUACUAUCAAGUCUACGCGCAGAUCCGUGGUGGGCCUCGCAAUGGACCAGGUCAGCCUUUGAACCAGUUCGCGCAGACUUAUCUGUUCCAGACAGGUAGUCGCUACGGCUAUGGGAGGAGUAGGCAUCACCCACGCGGCGGCGACAACCACGUCCAACGAAUGGAGCAGCAAGUCGCCCGUGCAGUCGAGGCGGCAAAAGCACGACCCAAGAACAAGCAGCUCGUAAUGGAGGGCUCGCUCGGCAAGAUCGCUUUCAGCAACUCCAAGACUCCGCGACCGCUGCUUAAUCUGAAGCGGCCGGAUUCGGAAAGCAGAAUUCGACAGAUUGCUAGAGCGGCUAUAUUCGAUCGCAAGGCUGCGCUGAGGGAUAUUGAAAGGGUGUAUAGUUGCUUGAUGAGGCUGGAGGAUCAUGAGCGUAAGCUGCCCGCGCCGCCCAAUGAGGACAGCCCGCCGGAUGUUAUUGAGGGACACAUGAGGUGGAGGAGUGAUAUGCAGGAGCUCAAUCAGCAGCUGUGGGAAGCGAUGAAGGUCAUGGAGCCGAUACAGCAGAAUCCCACAACACCACACCCCUUCAUCCAAAUCCUCGCCCACAGCAAAGGCAAAAAGGUCAUCCCCCGCGUCUUCCGCCAUCUAGACGACAACCAGCGCCUAACAAUGCUAACCCUCAUCGCCAUCCACCUCGACAUCGUAGACGUGAUCCGCGACGCGUACCCACCAGCACACAACGCCCCCUUACCACCCAAAGUAAAAGAAGAAGUGGAAAUCUUCUCCCAAGCGGUCAUGCCGCCGCUCUUCAGCUACGUCAACGAAGCACCCCUCAACAUCAUCAUCGGCCUCCUAGGCCUAGUCCUCGACCGCGUCCACGUCCCCUUCAUUCUCCGUACGAAGAUCGGCGUCAGUAUUCUGACCAUGCUGGUUUCCCGCGCCGAACUGGUGAAGCAAUCCCAGCAAUCCUCCCCACAGAAUACCGAAGACUGGAACCAGUGGUCUACGCUCUACACCCGUCUCUUCGACAAUAUCGAGCCUAUCCUCCCUUUCAUUUUCCCCACGGACACGAAUGUCAGUGCGUCCGACGAUGUGCACGUGUGGCAGUUCUUGGCCGCUAUGGGUGUGGGCGCUAGUCCGGAUCAGCAGCAGAGAUUGGUCUUGGGGGUCAAGGAGCGGGUUAUGGAGACUGUGGCUGUGGGAAGGGGAUUACCGGAGGAGAUGAGGGAGAGGAGGCUAGGCGAGGUGAAUUUGUUUAUGAGGGCUAUUGGGUUGGAUGUUGAGUUGCUUGGUUGA